UGGACUUGAAAUACAAUGUUUGUUUGCAAAGCUUUUGUCGUUUUCAAUGACGUUAACGCUGUGGAAACAGAUCGCUUCCCUUCUUGGACAGAUUGCGACGGAUGUGUUCUGUCAAUUAAUCCGUCAAGUGGAUCAUUGCGCUACAAAAGUAAAAGUGAUUUGACAAUCAAAGGGAAUCUUUGUGUGAUUGAGUAUUGCGGAAUACGCCUAAAAAAAUCGCGGCAGGUCAAUAAAAUGUUGAUCCACUCAGCYUUGUUAUUUCUACUGUUGGCCGCUGGUAGCGUGCUUCAAUUGAGCGCUGCCUCAAUAAACGAUGACAGCUCUUGCAUGAAAGGGUUUUGGUGCAGGCGAGGUAUGACCCCUCUAGAAGCUCGUAAUUGUCAACUCGGAAUGUGGUGCAAACGGAAGCGUUCAUAUGACCAAGAUAACUGCCCGACAGGCUUUUGGUGCAAGCGAUCUGAAGAUCAAGGCGACAGCUCAUCAAAUUGUCCAACUGGAUUCUGGUGCAAAAGAGCUGCAAACGUAAUCCAUCAACAAACCGCUGAAGGGGACUGCCCAAAAGGGUUCUGGUGCAAGAGAUCCUCUCUAUGUCCCACUGGGUUUUGGUGCCGAAAACGGCGCUCUCUUGACCAGGACAAUUGCCCAACUGGGUUUUGGUGCAAGAAGGACUCCUUUGCCCACUCCAAACGUAGCUUGUCUUCUGGAGCAUGCCCUUCAAAUUACUUCUGCCGACGAAGCGAAUAUGUCAUCGAUCAAGACACACCCGAGAAAGAUUGCCCAGACGGAUUUUGGUGCAGAAAGCGGGUCAUCAGCACUAAACAAGUGAAAGACACCCGAAUCCCAAAGAAUAUGGCUCCAGUACCUCCUAAAGCUCCAGGCUCAGGAAUAUCUAGUGACAAUUUCAACUGGAAUUGUCCAACGGGUUUUUGGUGCAAGAAAUAAGCUUCACAAAAAACAUAGUUGUUAUAUAGGAAGUGAAUGAAAAAUAUGAGCAAAAAUUAUUGAAAGUAAAUGUGAGAAUCUCUAUAAAUAAGGGAAAAGUCUAAUUUUCGUAAUUCAUGAGUUCAGUGAUAAUUAUUUAACUUAUUUUAAAAGGACUCGUCCAAAUUGCUUGCACUUGACUGUUUAUUGGUGUUUUCUGAACACAAGCAUGUUGAAGUGAUUACCAAGAAAUGAUAAUAACAAUGCAUUAUAAUGUGAUAUUAAAUAAAGUAGUUUUAGUUAAAAAUGACCAUGAAACAGUGAAUAACAUAAAACGAUUCAAAAUGUUCAAAUACAACAAUUCCAUUGCAAGAAGAAAAUAAAUCAGGUCAAUCUGGCAUUCAUGGCUGAA